AUGCGCUCGGCCAUUCCACCGAUGCGUACGGCCCUAAUGGGGUGCGAGGUCUUUUUUUCAUCCGGCUACGUGGUUGGGGCGGCCUUAUUGGCCUCGCUGGGUGGUUUCUCGUUUGGAUAUGACCAAGGUGUCAUCUCCAUCAUCAAUGUGAUGGACCAGUUCCAUGCAGUCUUCCCCGAGACUAAGACUUCAUUUGGCACGGGGUUCAUGACUGGAAUGCUGUUGCUUGGGUCGUUUGUUGGUUGUCUGUUCAUGCCUUACCUUGCAGACAAGGUCUCCAGGAAGUGGGCAUUGACUGUUGUUGUGGUUUUCUUUGACAUUGGUGCAAUCAUUCAGACAGCUGCCCCAAACUAUGGAAGUCUAGUUGCUGGGAGAGCGAUUGGUGGUAUUGGCGUGGGUACUUUGGCUAUGACAGCACCUCUCUACAUCUCGGAAAUUGCACCACCGAACCUUCGUGGGACAUUGCUAGUUCUGGAGUCCGUUUCUCUCGUCUCCGGGGUUGUGAUCGCAUAUUGGAUCACCUUCGGAACCCGACUCCUACAAGGCUCUAUCUCUUUCCGACUUCCCCUCGGCCUACAGAUGGUAUGUGCUACGGCACUAGGCAUCUGUAUACACUUCUUCCCGUAUUCUCCGCGGUGGCUUGCACUCGUGGGCCGUUCCGAAGAAUGUCUGGCCAGCUUGGCCAGGCUCCGAAACCUCCCGGCUACAGAUGAGCGCGUGCAAGCCGAAUACCGUGGCAUCCUCGCGGAGGUCGUCUUUCAGCGCCUUGUGGAAGAACACUCCCAUCCUGGGGUUAAGGGCUGGAAGCUGGAAGUGCACAGUUGGCUAGAUUUGUUAAAGAAGAAGAAUUGGCGCCGGACGGUUGUCGCAGUCGGUGUAUCCUUUUUCCAACAGUUCUCCGGCGUCAACGCGUUCAUUUACUACGCGCCUACUCUGUUCCGAUCACUCGGCCAAUCAGAUGAGAUGUCGUUGAUACUAUCUGGCGUCUUCAAUAUCCUGCAGCUUGUUGGGGUCUUUAUUUGCGUUGCAACAAUUGACCGAGUGGGACGUCGCCCUCUUGCCAUUUUUGGUGGGUUUGGCUGCGCCCUCUGCUACAUGAUCAUCUCGAUCUUAAGCGGGUUAUUUUCCAGUGAUUGGAUGGCUCAUUCUGCAGCUGGCUGGGCCUGUGUUGCCUUCGCCUUCUUAUUCAUUCUAGUCUUUGGUGUUUCCUACUCACCUUUGGGGUGGGCACUUCCUUCGGAGGUUUUCACCACAGCGUCUAGAUCCAAGGGCGUCGCUUUGGCCACCUGUGUCAACUGGCUCUCCAAUUUCGUCAUUGGAGUAGCUACACCCCCGAUGAUGGAAACCCAGGGCUAUCGAACCUAUAUCUUCUUCGCGGUGAUGUGCUUUUCGGCUGGGGUCUGGGCACUGCUAUUGGUUCCUGAGACUAAAGGCAAAACACUAGAGGAAAUGGACGAGGAGUUUGGGGAUGUGCAGGGUCUUGCUGAGAGAGAGCUUAUGAGAUCCGCUGUUGAAACGGUGAGGCGGGGUAUUAUAACCGAAGAGCUGAGAGCCUAG